UGGAUGUAAUAAUCUACUCUGCUAUGAAAGGCUUCAAAUCAUUUCUUUUUUUGUUGCAUCUCAUUGGGAGUUUAAUGGUCAUCAUUUCUAAUGUCACCGAAGGAUGGCAUGACCUGGACAACACAGAAUAUGACUGCUGGCCGCUGGAAAAGCCUGAUGAAGUAAAUAUGAUCGAAUGUGGAGGUCUGGAGAUGGCAUGGGUGCUCCGGCCACCUGCAAAAGUGUAUAUUGGUGAAAUGUUUGAUGUUAUCUACUCUGUGUCAGCUUCUGAUGACUUUUAUGUAUAUGCGGUGACAAAUGAGAUUCUAUCACACAGAGAUCCUGAAUCUGCAAAAAGAUUUUGUGAGGAGCAAGAAUGUCCGGCAAAUUGGAAGGAUGCAAAUGAGGAAAAUUGCUGUAUUCAUCAUGCUAAUAUUCACUCCUGCCCUAUGUUUUUUAUGGGCAAAGGUGGAAUUUGUGGACCAUGGAUACCAGAUGAUGGGCAGAUAUUUACACACACUUUAUCUACCUCUGGACAAAUUACACAAGGAAACUGGUCUGCAAAGGUUGUUCUUGUUCAUUCGGGGGUGACCUCCUUAAUAGCCCACAUAAGGAUUGGCAAAAUGCAAGUUGCUCUAGAGGCGAAAACUUUGGUGUUACCGGUAGUAGUGUGUGGUAAUGGUAUUUGUGAAGAAGAAGAGGCAUGCACUACGUGUUCUGCGGACUGUGGGGAGUGCAGCCUCCCAUCUGAUAUUCGGAUGGCAAUAGCAAUUCCUGUGGCGGUCAUUUUAGCAGGCCUCAUUCUCUCUGCUGUGGGAUUUCAAUACCAAAGACAAAGAAUGUUUUGGGAUGAAAGUUGGAUCAUCAAGUAUAGAGAUAUUAAACAAGGUAUGAUUAGAUUCCUAUCUUCAGAUCAUUCCACAGCUGGGAAUCUUACAGGAAGCACGCUUCAAGCUGCCAGCACAUCCAAUGCCAGUUGUAUCACUACCCUGAGCUCCUGCACAGCGGCUGUCAACACAUGCAGAAAGCAAUUCUUCACCAAGACUGGCAGAUAUGAUGGCAGAAUAGUGGCUAUAAAGAAAAUCCCAAAGAAGUCAUUUACUCUUUCCAAAACAAUACGGAGGGAAGUAAAGCAGAUUCGGGACCUGGAUCAUCCUAAUCUUUGCAAAUUUAUUGGAGGCUGCAUUGAAGUUCCGGAUGUGGCUAUUAUUACGGAGUAUUGUCCUAAGGGAAGCUUGAAUGAUGUUUUACUGAGUGAAGACAUUCCUCUGAACUGGGGUUUCAGGUUUUCUUUUGCUUCUGACAUAGCACACGGCAUGGCAUAUCUGCAUCAGCAUAAAAUAUACCAUUCACGGCUUAAAUCCUCAAAUUGUGUGAUAGAUGAUCGAUGGGUUUGCAAAAUUACAGAUUAUGGUUUGGACGUCUUCCGCAAACCCGUUUCUGUGGAAGAUUAUGAUCAGGAUCAUUCUGUUCAGAUGUACAAAUCCCCAGAGACUCAGACGAUGUCCUGUCAUGAGAAGUCUGCUGCUACUGACAUGUGCAGUUAUGCUGUUAUUUUACUGGAAAUAGCCAUCAGACAUGAUCCUGCUUCGAAAGAUGAUGCCAGUUCCGCAGAGUACUGCUGCCUCCCUCUACCUGAGUUAAUAAGAGGCAAAGCAGACAACGCCUGUCCAUGCCCAUCUGAAUAUGUUGAUCUGAUCAGGCAGUGCCGAAGUCAGAACCCAGCCCAGAGGCCAACAUUUGAGCAAGUAAAGAAACUGCUGUACAAGAUGAACCCCAACAAAGUGAGCCCAGUGGACAUGAUGAUGACUCUGAUGGAAAAAUAUAGUAAACAUCUGGAGCUCUUAGUCGCAGAACGCACACAAGAUCUAAUGCAUGAAAAACAGAAAACAGACCGUCUUCUAUAUAGCAUGCUACCAAAGCAGGUUGCAGAUGAUUUGAGACAAGGAAAACAUACACAAGCUCAGAGUUACAGCAGUGCAACUGUGUUUUUCAGUGACAUUGUUGGGUUCACACAUUUGUCAAGCACCAGUACCCCUUACCAGGUGGUAGAUUUCCUAAACAACCUGUAUACCACAUUUGAUGACAUCAUUGACAACUAUGAUGUGUACAAGGUGGAGACAAUAGGUGAUGCCUAUAUGGUUGUCUCUGGAGUUCCCAACGAGAAUGGUAUUUACCAUGCAAGUGAAAUUGCAAGCAUGGCAUUAGACUUAGUUGCUGUGUGCAAGACUUUUCGAAUACCACAUAAGCCCAAUACCCAGCUGAGAAUACGUGCUGGAAUUCAUUCAGGACCUGUAGUUGCUGGUGUUGUUGGAACAAAAAUGCCCAGAUACUGCUUGUUUGGAGACACAGUGAACACCGCUUCAAGAAUGGAAUCCACCAGUGAAGCUCUCAAAAUCCAGUGCAGCUCCAGUGCCCAUGAUUUAUUACAACAGAUUGGAGGAUAUAAACUAGUAUGCCGUGGGACAUUAUCAAUAAAGGGUAAAGGAGAUAUGACAACAUAUUGGCUUGAGGGCAAGACUGGCACAUUGGCACAGAAUAUCAUUCCUAAUAUAUCAGCAGUCAUGCAAGAAAAAGAACGGGAGUCAUUUAAUCUGAUACCUGGAGUGCUGUCUACUGACGCCCUGUCUACCUCUUUCUGAGAGCAGUUAGUUUUCUCUUGACUUGAACGGCUGACAGCAUCUUAACUCUUUACUGAUGUUAAAUAUCCAACAACAUAAUGGGGGUUGUUCAACUGGGUGUAAAAGUGGGUGCCACUUUACCUUGUGCAGAACUGCAAUAAGGCUAUAUGGCACACAAAGGCUUACCUACUGUGCUUGGCUACUGCCAAAACCCUCUCUUUUACAUUUUAUAUUUAGUCUUGUGCAAUAUGUAUACACAGUAAGGCUAAUAGCAGGGCUGUAGAUAUUUAUAUUGAUAAAUAUGACAACAUUUGAAUCUACUUGUGCCAUUUUUUGAUAGAAAGCUUGAUAUAGGAUUCUCAUUAUUUAGUUGCCCAAGAGAAGCCAUAUAACUAAUUCUGUCAAUUGUAAUAUCUCAAACACAACUCAGACAAUGCAGACUACAAAUCACUUAUUCAGGGUAGUUUUGUUGUAAUCAUAGAAAUAUAUACAUCUCAGUGUAGAGUGGUUUCUAAGGCCACGUUCAUAUCCCA